UCACGUGGUGUUGACAUAAAAUGGAGCAAAAUAAUUUAUUGACAAGUGAAAAACACUUUUGUUGAGUUUUAAGUGUGCAUUAAAUCACUUCUUCUAUUGUCAUAGAUUAUAAAAUUAAAUAUGGAGUGACCAGACAAGAACAUGUGAUUUCAAUGCUGAGCAAUAAUGGAUAUCAUAACUUUAAAAACAUUAAAUAGUAUAGAAGGAUUUACUUUCUGUCAUAUUUUAUCGCAUCUUUAUCUUUCAUGUACAUUUAUUCCGUAAAAACUGAGAAGAAAAAAUUUUCUCCAAAUGAAAAUGGGAAAUCUCUGUUUUCGUAAGAAUAAUGAGGAUCCGGAUUCAGCAUGGCGGCAACAAAACAAAGAAAUGGCGAGAAAUCCCAUUUACAAAUUUGUUAAUUUUAGUGGUGGUGGCAGGCUAAUCGAUGCAUACAAAAAUGGUGGUGUUUUUGCAGUUGAAAAAAUAAUCAAAACUGAGAUUGUGGACUAUUUAUAUAACAAUGGACAGGGGAAAAUGUUAACAACAUUGGACCACAUCAAAUGGCAAAGGAGAUGUAUAGCAAAAAGACAAGGAUCAACUAUUUUGGAAACAAAAUCCGAUGCUGAUCUGCAAGCAGAAUAUCAGGAAGAUGAGUUUAACAAAUUAUACAAUCAUGAAGUGUGUUGGGACAUGGAUAAUCGUGGUGGUGUGGGGGAAACCCCAUUUCAUCUUCUUUAUCUUGUGUCAACACCUAUACAUUUGGAAGUUGCUAAAAUUCUCAUGAAACACUUUCCAAAGAUGGCUUUGGAUCGUUAUGAAGGAGAAGAAUACUAUGGUGAAAGUGCCUUGCAUAUAGCUAUUAUUUUUGGAAGUGUUGAAGCUGUGAAAGUCCUUAUUGAAAAUGGUGCUAAUAUCAAUGAAAGGGCCAGCGGUCGUUUCUUUCUUCCUGAGGAUCAGAAAAAGGGAAGAACGAAAGAUACAGAUUAUGAAGGUUAUGCCUACUAUGGAGAAUAUCCUUUGUCUUUUGCUACAUGUACUGGAAAUCAAGAAAUCUAUGACUACCUCAUUAAUAAUGGAGCCGAUCCUAAUCUUCAAGACUCUUUUGGAAACACGUGCCUUCAUAUGGCUGUAAUUCACGAUCAAGUUGAAAUGUACAAAUACCUUGUAAAACACCACAAAAAACCUGCCAAAACAGACAUCAGAAACAAAGCCAAUCUUACUCCUUUGACACUUGCCAGUAAAUUAGGGCGGCAAAAGAUAUUCAAAGAAAUGCUUGAAUUAAAUAGUUUGGAACUUUGGAGAUACAGCAAUAUAACUUGCUCUGUUUAUCCUCUUCACUCAAUAGAUUCUAUAGGACCUACAGGAGAUUCUAAUUUUAAUUCUGCCUUAAUGAUAAUUAUCAAUGGAGAAACUGAUGAACAUUUAGAGAUGUUAGAAGGUGGUGUUAUGAGGCAGUUACUGGACGAAAAAUGGAAAACUUUUGCUAGGAAACGAUUCUUUAUACGAUUGGUGUUAGCCUUCCUCCAUCUUGCAUUAAUCAGUACAUCUGUAUAUACCAGACCUCCUGAAGAUGACCUACUUGCCGUACAUAGUUCCUCUGAUAUUAUUCGAUUUGUAGCUGAAAUAUUAACUGUUAUAGGAUGUAUAGUAACGUUAGUUGUAGAUUGCUUUGAAAUAGGAGCUCAGGGAUUCUGGAGUUUUGUAAAUAAUUGUAGACAUGCUCCAGCUCUUUCAUUAUAUUUAUUGUCAUGUGUUCUGCUGUUGGCGUGUAUACCAUUCCGCUUUCUGAGGUUACGAUAUGUAGAAGAUAUACUGCUAAUUGUAGCAACUCCAACGGCUUGGUCAUUUCUUCUCUUUUUUGCAAGAAGUGUCAAGCUGACAGGACCAUUCGUAUCUAUGAUCUAUAAAAUGUGUAUGGGAGACCUAGUUAGAUUUGGUGUUAUAUAUGUGAUAUUUUUAGCUGGAUUUACACAAGCUUUUUAUUUCCUGUUCCAAGGGUCAACAGAUAAUCAAUCUCAAGGAUUUCUCACUAUAGGAGAUACCAUCAUGACUUUGUUUCAGAUGACCUUGGGCGAAUUCAAGUUAAGCAGGAGAAAUACUUCUCAGUAUCAAGAUUUUAACUAUACAAAGUAUCCAGGUUUGACGAAAGUGGUAUUUGCUGUUUUUAUGAUAUUAGUACCUAUACUGUUGUUAAACAUGCUGAUAGCUAUGAUGGGCAAUACUUAUACACAAGUUAUAAAUAAAUCAGAGAAAGAGUGGAGAAAACAGUGGGCUAAAAUUGUUGUGGUUCUAGAGAGGUCAUUUACUAGGAAACAGCUACUGAAAUUUCAACAAGAGUAUUCCAUUAAAUUAACUGAUACUGAAGACUGUGAUCUAGGUGAAGGCAAAGGCAAAGUGUCAGAAACAAGAGGCUUAAUGGUCAUCAAAACUUCCAAUAAAACAAAAGCUAGUCAACGUAAAGGGGCCAUUAGUGCAUGGAAGAGAGUUGGUAAGGAAGUUGUUAGACAGAUGAAAGUGCAGAGAGCUAAAGGCUCUAUUGGUCCAAUUAUACUUAAACCAGCGCCUAAAAGAUCUCAUGAUGAUGGAGAUUCUAGUGAUGAUGAUAACAAUCAGUCAUUUGCUGCAGCAAUCCAACAGUUAGCAUGGACAAAAGACAUAGAUUUGACAAAGGGGAAAGCAUUAGUGACAGACGCUAAUGUUAUAGAAAAAUCAGGUCAAACUGACAAAGAAAAUAACAUUAAAAGUAAUGGUGCAGCCAUACCUAAUGGCAAACCUAGAACAUUUCAAAAAUUUGUCAAAAAACCACCUGGUACUCCAAAAUCUAGCCCAAAACCAUCGUUACGUACUUUAACAGUCAAUAAAAUUUCUCCAUUGUAUGAGGUGAAGUCCGCUGAUGAAUCAAGUAGUAGUGAUAUGGACACCAAGAAAAAAAGUACUAACACAGGGGAAGAUCUCUCUAAAAGUACUGAUUUAGAUGUAACAAAAAGUACUGCAAGGGAGGAUAAAGUGAUUUUAGUCAAAAGUGAUAGUGAUAAAGAUGCUUCAGGUAGUGAACAUUCAGAUCUUUUUAGUGUGGGGGAAGGACCGAAAAAAUCAUGGAUUGUGCCAAAAUUUGAGACAGAAGAGGAAAUUGCUAGUCAUGACUCAGACUCUAAAGGAGCAGAAAGUCCUGUAAAGUCGCCGAAAAAAUCACCUAAAAAGUCCAAAAAACACCACAAACGUCAAGGGUCACCAGGCAAAAAGAAAGACCCACCUAGAUCCUCAUCAACAACGUCAUUGUUACAUUUAGCAGAAUAUUCUAGUAAAGAAAGUGAAGGAUGAUGUUUCAAAAUUGUGAUAUUGUUUUCUUGUUUUUUUUUAAUUUGUUGAUUUAAUUGUUGAUAAACUAAGUUAAUAUUUAAAAAUUUAUUAUUAACAUUUGUACAUUGACAACAUUUUACCCAGUGAAUAUUUCGUCAUAUAUUCAAUAUUUUGAAUUUUAGCCAUUCCUGUUGAAUUUACACUAUUCUUUCUUUUGUUAUUAAGUUAUAUGUUUUUUUAGCAAAAGCCAUAAAAAAUAAUUUAAUAUUUUCUAUUAAAAGCCAUACAAAAAUAUUUUAAAAUUUCUAAGCUAAAGCCAUACAAAAUAAUUCAAUAUUUUUUAGCAAAAGUUAUAAAAAAUAAUUUAAUAAGUGAUUAAAUAUGAUGUGCCUUCCAAAGCCAUUGUCAUCAUUGGAUAAAAGCCUUUCCAGAGCAAUGUGAAGUGACCACAGACAUUGUAUUUCUUUAGAUCUCAAUUCCUUUAAAUAAUUGUUAAUAGAAAGUCAUUACCAACGAAGUCUUUAUAUGUUAGAAAAUAUCACUUCAGAACCAGAUGUAUUUUCUAAAAGUAUACACAAAAUCUAUGUGAUUGGUAUGACAACAUCAUUGGCUAAUGACCUGAACUUUUUAUUUGCCAAAAUUUAGAUGUUUGAACAAAAAAAUACUGCUGAAUAUUUAUAUUUAGACUGCUUGUAUUUAAUUUACUGUUUCCUGUACUGUGUGUACAAACAUGUCCUGUGUCCUGUUUAAUUACAAAUUGAUUGAUGAUGCAUUCCGUCCAUUGAUUUCUUAGUCUAGUUUAAAAAUCUAUUUUAUAUCCAUUUGUUAAUACUAUUUAUUUUUAUACAUGUUUAUAGAGUUGCAUUUAUUUACUUAUAUUUUAGAUAGUUUUAUUUUUAAAUGACUGUUUUAAUAUUUUUUCAAAGGGUAAUAAUUUUUUUUUGUUAUCUUUACAUUUUAUGGGGUAUGUGUACACAAACAAAAGCUUAACUUUUCAAUGUAUUUUAAUACCGAAAGACUUAACACUUGGGUUACUAAUUUCAUGCAUGGAAGACAAUAUUAUUCAUUUAGUUUCAUUAUGAGUAAACUAUGGACUCCUCAUACACAUCAGUAACAUUGCAGUAGUAAUAUCAUUUCAGAUACAUGUAUACUGUAAAUUCAUAAAUUGUUGUGCAUAUUUUUAUUAUUGCAACUGUUAAACAAUGGAUGCAAAUUUAAGAAUAAUUCUUGCAAUAGGCCCUUUCAUGGUUAUUGCAGCUUUAUCAUAUAUUUAGAAGUAAAUACAGUAGUUUUGAAUAUUUGAUAAAUAGCCUGCUGUAUAAUCUGUAUCGCUCAACUUUGAUGUGCACCCUUUAUCACACCCCUACUCAAAUUUCUCAUUUAUGACAGUAGUGAUUCCGACUAAAUUUACAUGAAGUCCAUGUUUUAAUUUAUGCAAGCUUCUCAAGAAAUAUUUUUCCUCAAUGGGUCCUAAAUGAAACGGUCAUUAGAGCGUGACAUCAUUUAUCAAAUGACGUCAUUGUUUGGCAUGUGACGACACAGACGUGGAGCUUUCAUAUUUUCUGGCACACGAAAUGCAACUAUAAAAAAGAACUCAAUGAAAUACCAUACAAAACAUAAAAAAAUACAAUAAACAAAAUAUUUCUAUGAACAACAGGACGCGAAUUGUAAGGUAACCCAGGUGCUUCGGAUGAAUAAUUAAGCAGUUCUUUUAAAGCUUUUAAAACAAGACAAAAGUAAAUCUGAAGGUAACCCAGGUGCUAGGGAUCAGAGAGCAGUUCAUUUAUACUCUCCUGUUUAAAUAUAUGAUUAAGCAUAUAAAACAUGGCAAAAUCCGUAUCACCCUCGACCAAUAUCAUCCCUCAGGCUGAUAUUGGUAUCUCGGGAUGAUACGGCAUAUGAUACAGAUUUUGCCAUGUAUUAUUCUCUAUACAUUGAAAAGGGUGCAGAUUUUCAUAAUGAAGGUGAAAAAUACGGGAAAACAUCAUUUAAACAGAACAGUUGCUUGGAAACAUGCAUCAUGUACUUUCUUACUAUUUCCACCUCUAUCCAAAAAAUCUGCCCCUAUUCAAUAUGGCUGCAAUAACAGUGAAGUAUCUUAUUUCUGGAAAUGCUGCAUAGAAAUGAGGCUAUCAAAAUAUGAAAUAAGAUUUUUUUUUCAAAAACCUAUGCCUUCACAAUUUUUACAAUAAUAAAAAAUAGCAAAAAUUUGUGAAUUUAGAGUAUUUAACACAAUAACACGGAGAGCAUCAUGUUUCUAUUUUUUUUGCCUGGCAUGUUAAGGUUGGAAAGUGUUGUUAACUUACUGCUUGGAACCUUUUGAGUUUUUAACGAGACAAUUUGUCUUUCAGAAUACAAAUAAUGUAUUUUCAUUCAAAGGAAGUCAUACAAAAGGAAAAACUUUUUUAGAAAUAAAUACUGUCAGUCCUCUCAUUGAGCUUAAAGAAAUGAAUGUCCAAUUUGAUAACAAAUUUGUGUGGAAAAUUUUCUUUUUAAACUGAAUAAUUAUUUCUUUUUGAAAAGGGUGUCUAACUUGCAUGAAAUCAAAACCAAAUUAAGGCAUUGGAUGUGGAUUUUAUAAAAAUGAAUCUUUUAAUCUCUUUAAACAAAGAAAAUAUUUAACAAUAAUUAUACAGAAAAUAUCAGUUCUUUUGAUGUUCUACUCAAGCAACUUCAAGUCAUAGCUUCUUGAUUUAUGAAACCUAUUGCAAAAUUUGAUUGAUUAACAUAUUUACUACAAAAAUAACAAAUUAGAGUCAGCAACAUGAUUCUGUAUAGCUAGUGAGCUCACAGUACAUCUUGUUUUAUUUGAUUUUACAAAAAGACUAUGCAUUUUUAUUUUGGCAAAAAAUGAUAAUUAUAACAUUAUAUUUUUUGCUUUGAAGUGGCUAAAUUUUUUUUUGAUUUUACUUGGUAAUAAAGAGAUAAGUUUGGAAAAGGAAAGAAUACUUUUUAUUUUAUUUUUUUAUUUAGCAGGCCAAAUGAUGACAGUUCUCAAGUCCUCUUAUGAAAAAAGUUUCUUCCUUUUUAUGAAAAUGGCUUUAAACAACUAUCUUUUUCAUGAAUACAAACUAAUUUCAAGCUGUUUAAUUCUCAGACAUUUUGGUUGUUUGCAAUCAGGUUUGUCUUACAUAUUCUACAUUUUAAUGAUUUUGUCUUUCAUGGCUAGGUCAUAUAGUUUUUGUAUACUCAAUUGAUGUUAAUGUAUAAAACCUGUCACAAUGAUUGCUAAAAUCUCAGAUAUCAAAGUCUAUAGAACCUUGUAAAGCAUUUUAUUUAUUUUCUAUGUUAAACCAAAGGAAUAAUGAAUUUAUAUUGUACUUUCAAAAAUGAAUAGAUCCUUAGUUAAGAAAUUCUGAUUGUAAAGAUAAAAAUGUUUCAAAAAUCAAAAUUACAAAUUUUUGUGUUGUGAUGUUUUUUUGUCUGUUGAUUUCAGUGGUUUUGAUGUCUCGUGCAAUAUGUUCAUUUAAUUUUUGUAUAAACUAGUCUGUUUGUGCCAAGAAAAGUAGUCCCCAUUGCAAUAUCAGAUGUUAAAAUACCACAGUAAAUUUUCACUGUUUAGAUUGAUUAAAAGAAUGAUUGUAUUGUACAACUGAUGUCUAUUAAUGGGUAAAAGAUAGAUUGUAUUGUUAACUAAUAUUUCUUGAGAGUGAUAGUGUGACAUAUCAUUGUUUUUUCUCCAUUCAUUUCAGUUUAUAAUUCAUCUAUAUGUUAUGUUAGAAUUAUAAGUGUAAAUAUUAUUUACAUAAAAGCAACUGUGAUAAUCUUUUAUCUGUAAUAGCAAAACAGUGAAGUUGCAAUGUGGCUUUUAGCAUGAAUCAUGAUUUUACAAUAAAAAGGUCCUGAACAAGUUACAAAACAUAAAGUAAAACAACAAAUACAAACUACCAAUAAAAUUUUGUAUUUGUAGUUUUAAGUUAUAUAAUUUUAGCUCGCUUAUGGUCUUUGUUACUUAGGAUGAAAAAUUAAUAUUACUAAAAGUUUUUACAAUUUUAACUAUUUCAGAAAAAAUAGGGAUUGGGGUUGGAAUAGACUUAUCCUGACACUUUCUACUAGUGUAUUUUAUUCUACUUUUCUAGAGGACUAACCAGGUAUUCUUAUAAACCUACCUCACAGCACGGAUAUGUAUCCAACAACACAUAGGCAUGAAUAGUUUUAGUAUAUAAUGAAUUCGUUAAUAAUGGUGUGUUUCCAAUUUUCCUGGAUUCAUGAAAAAUUUUGUAGAUGAUUGUAGUUUUUGAGUCACCUUGACUAAGUCAAAAAGCGAGACAAAGGUAUGCUGUUUCCUGGCUUUAAAUUGUGCCUCCACAUCUAUAGGAAGUUUGUAAUUUGUUAAACAUUUAAUUUCAUGGAUCACCUUAACCCUCAAAAUCAACCAAAAUUAGUUCCCCAACGAAUUAUAAUGAAUCCACACUAAUAUUGAUAUAUUUAUAAGAAUUCUUGUUUAUAGUUUUAAGCAUGUAUGUAUUUAUUUUCAAACCAGUUAAUGGCAGGAAAUGCUUUGAUAUGGCAUAAUAUGUGAUAGUAAUGUUUAGAAAAGUAAUAUUAUUCACCAUAGAAUUUUAUUUAUAAUGAUAAAUAUCUUGUUUCAUUUUACCCUCCAAGGCACCAAUGAUAGGUCUCUUUGAGAGGAAAGAAUUAUCUCCCUUGCAGUUACUCUAAUAAGCCAUAGAAUUAUAUGUAUGACGAUAAAUACCUUUGUACAUUUUACCUGCCAAGGCACCAAUGAUAGGUCUCUGUGAGAGGAAAGAAUUAUCUCCCUUGCAGUUACUCUAAAAAGCCAUAGAAUUUUAUGUAUGACGAUAAAUACCUUUGUACAUUUUACCUUCCAAGGCACCAAUGAUAGGUCUCUGUGAGAGGAAAGAAUUAUCUCCCUUGGAUUUACUCUAAAACGUUUUAUACACCAACUUUAAAUUUUCUAAUUCAAUAAUUAUUUUUCUCACCUUUUAAGUUCCAUUCUAACCUGUUUAAUUUUUUUCUGGAAUAGUUAAAAAAUGUGACAUAACCUGAAACAACCAUCAAAUAGUUGUCUUUAGUUUUAUUGUAAAGCAGGAAAGGCAUAUCACUAUGUCAAAACAUGUAAACAUUUCAUUUUCAUUGCAUUUUCAAACAAUAUGCAGCUCUAUGUCAUCAUAUUUGUGGCAGUUUUAAUGAGAAAUUGUUUUUUUAUGUUGAAAACUGUGUCCAGUGAAAAAGUUUCUGUUCUGUAUAGAAAACAAUUUGUUUGUAGAAUUGUUGUUGAAAUAAGUUAUCAAGUUUAUAUUCUUCAUGUUGAUAUGUGCUGUCAAGUUAUACCUUUGAUUCUGUUUUCAAAUCAAACCAGCAAAUAUAAAACACCUUUAUAGUAAAUAAGAAAGAAAGGGGGAAAAGGAAUGGCUUAAAUUUUAUCAGGGAAAAGGCAACAUUUUCAUGGUUCUAAUAAAUCCAGAUAGUGAAUGCCUUAGCCUUCAAUUUUUGUCAAGUAACCAUUAUAUAUCUCUAAUUUUCAUGCUAUUUUCACAUUUCUCAAUCAGUGUGAGAAAAACAUUUCUCAACCAUACAUAUAAAGAACACAACUUUCUGAAAUCUUUGAAAAGGAAGGAUAAAAUCAUUAGAGAAACAGAUUCCACUACUAUAUCUAAUGUAUUACGAUAUUUCUCCACUCUCAACAGUUUAAUUUUAAAUAUUUAAAAAGCUCGGCUAGCCUCGAGUUUUAAAUUUUAGAAUUUAACUCUCGAGCAGAGAAAUACUGUAACACACUUGUUGCAGUGGUGGAAUAUAUAUAUAUAUAUAUAUAUAUAAUAUAUAUAUAUCAAGCUGUUAUAACAUUUGUUUCAUGAAUUUAACAUAAAAACAGUUGUUUUUUUCUAAAUUUUCCUGAAGAACCAUAUUAAUAUUGUUAGUUUGAAAAAGUUUUCCUAAUAUUACUGAAUUAUGUCUCCUAUGAGCAGCAGUAAUUGAUGUUGUGAUCAAUAAGGUUGAAAAUGAAUAUAAGUGGAAAUCACCAAUUUGUUAGAAAUGAAAAAAGAAAUCAGUAUAGUUAUUUAAAGUUUUAAAUGUCCAUUGCCUUUUCCCUUUAUCAUAGUAUGUUUUUCAGGUCAGAGUUUGAAAGCCAUAGAGCUGGACUAUAUGUAGAUAAAUUGAUUGUUUUAUCUGAAGGUAUAGUUUUACAGAACAUAAAUCCCAGAAUCUUCCAGUUGUAGUAAAUAUAAUCACCCAACCAUGUCAUGCAGUGACAAGUACCCUGUAUAUAUUGUCUAUUAACCAACUAAUAAAAAAAUAAGGAACAA